AGUAGUGAGGCGGCGCGCCGGUGACAUGUGACGAUGCUGAUGCAUAACAGCGCCGCGACGCUGGCCGCCGCCGCCGCCUCCGCCACGACUGCCGCCUCCCAGUGCCGCCCCCGGCUUCCGCCCACGCCCGGUGCCGCCCCCGCCCCGGCCUCGCGCCUAGCUCCGCUCAACUGGGCGUCGGUCGCCUCGUGGUUUUUGCGGUCAGACGCGUGCACCAGUGCCGCCGCCACCACCACCGCCGGCGCCUUCCCGGCCCCCUCCACCACCACCGCCACCACCAACACCACCACCGCCAGCAGCACCAGCCUCGGACCAGUCGCGCCCAGCGUUUGCACGGCCAUCCGCUGCACGGUCGCUAACUGCUCGUGUGAGUGCUUCACGCCCGGCAAGAUGAACAUCCGUUACUGCGACACCUGUGGACACAGCUGGGUGCCCCACGCGCUGGACAAGCUCGGAGGCAGGCAGCAGGCGCCGGCGCUGCCCGUGGAGCCGGUGCAGGCGAACGCCGCCUUCGACAUCGCGAGCCUCGUGCUGUACGGCUGCCAGGCGCUGCCCAUCAGGCUCAAGAUCCUGCUGGACAGGCUCUUCUCCGUGCUGCGCCGCGACGAGGUGCUCCACGUGCUCGCCGGCUUCGGCUGGACGCACGAGGACUACGCCAGGGGAUACAUCCUGCAGGAGACGCACGGCGCGACGCUGGAGCGCUGGCACAUCUGCAGCGCCGAGGAGGAGCCGCUGGUGCUGCGCCAGUUCCUGCGCUUCGGCGAGACGCGCGCCAUCGCGCUGCAGCUGCUGGCCGCCGCCGCAGCCGCCGCCUCGGCGCCGCCUCCGCCACCCCCGCCGCCCCCGCAGCGCCGGCCCCCGGGCCGCCCCCGCCGGCCCAGCCCGCCGUCGCGGCCGCCGCUGACGCCGCCCCACCCGGCUGGCGCGCCACCGCUGCACAGGUUCAGCUUCCUCAAGCUGCCGCCUCCGCCGCCCCCGCAACUGCAUCCGCCCCCGCCCGUGGUCUCCAGCAGCAGCUCGAACGGACCACUGCCGAGGUCACCGCCGGGGGCCAGCUCCGUGAGCGUCUCACCACUCAAUAGACUGCAGAGCAUGCAGCCGUUCGACUUCCGGAAGCUGGCGAGUCCUCCGGAGGCGGCGAGCGGCCGCCGCCGCCUGUCAGACGCGGUCAGCCCCCCGGUGCCGGCGUCGAUGUCUGCGUCAGCGCCGCCCCCCGGCCUGGUGGGUCUGGGCGCGCUGGCGCUGCACCCCGCGGCCUGCGGCGGCCUGCCGACGCUGCCCCCGCUGCCGCCCCCUCCGCCUCCACCUCUGCCCCCGCCGCCUCCACCGGCGGACACCAAGUCCCCGGCGGCGGCGGACGUGUUGAGCAGCGGGGGCGGCAGCAGCGAGUUCGGCUCGGGCACCGACGACGAGGAGGACAGCGCGCACAGCGCCCUCAACCUCAGCCGCGACGGGCUCUACCGGCGGCCCGGUCCGCCCCCGCUGGCACCGCCCCCACCGCCCCCGCCUUCACUGCCUCCGGGACUGCCCCACGGCCUGCCGCCCCUGACGCAGCUCCCCUCGGGGGCGACGCCCAGGAGGGGCGUGCCGGGCCGGCGACACUGGGGUGGUGACCCCCACCUGCCCAUCAACCUGGGCACUCAGCUCAUCAACCCCGCCACCGGCAAGAAGCGCGUCCAGUGCAACGUCUGCCUCAAGACCUUCUGCGACAAGGGCGCGCUCAAGAUCCACUUCUCGGCCGUCCACCUGCGCGAGAUGCACAAGUGCACCGUGGACGGCUGCAACAUGAUGUUCAGCUCGCGCAGGUCGCGCAACCGGCACAGCGCCAACCCCAACCCCAAGCUGCACUCGCCGCACCUGCGCCGCAAGAUCUCGCCGCACGACGGCCGCUCGGCGCACGCGCACGCGCACGGCCACGGCCUGCUCGUGCAUCCGCCACCCCCGCCGCCCCCGCACGCGCCUCCCGGCGCGCUGCCGCUGGGGCCUGUCUUCUCCCCGUUCCCGAUGCUCGGGCCCGCCGCCCACCUGCCCAAGCACAGCCUCGACCUCACCAUGCACAGGUUCGAAGAAAGCAGACGCCACGACUUCGGCGGCAGUACGCUCGGAUCGCCUCCUGAAGACACAGGUUUGCGACUCAGCGACCACCUGCCGUUGCCAGACGACCUCUCAGACGACGGCUACGACGAUGACGACGACGGAAUCGUCGUCGACGGAGGACCAGACGACGACGACGACACGGACGAGAGGGAGAGUACGGACGUAGAGCCGCAGAACUUGACCCAGGGUCACGAGGACUCCCAGCCAGAGCCGGACGGUCUCAGCGGGGACGAGCAGCUGCAGGCGACGGAGGCCAAGCGUCCCAGGCUCAGCGGCGACGUGGAAGCGGACGCCGAGGAGGAGCCUUCUGCCAGCAACCAGGGCGAGGCGAGCAACGACGACUCGCUGGGCGCCGUCGAGGCUCACAACGCGAAGGACGCCGGCGAGGGCGCGGCCGGCGCGUCAAAGAACCCGAGGACGCGGAAGAACCGCAACCCGACGCGAUUCGCGCUGCCCGCACAAACGGACAGCAACCACGCGUCCUGCGACGAGGACUCGUCUGCGGACGCGCCAUUCGCUUCGGCGCCACCUGCCAGUGAUAACGUCGCUGCCGACGAGGAACCGGUGAGGGCGUCGGAGGCAACGCAUACUACAAAUGGAGCAGGUCCUUCUCCAGAAGCUACUGCCCAUACUCAAAGUGACGGAGUUAUUGAGAAGUUACCUGAUGACAGAAGAUCGGAGAAUGAUCCUGUAGACUGCACGAAGCAAAGCAGGGCGGUAGACGCUGGUGAAGUCUGCGGUAAUGGGGAGGUGGAAGGAGGGAAUGCGGAAGAAACUGGUAACCGUGACCUUGACUGUCAUGCAGGGGAGGAGCAAAGCACUCUCCAGGACGGUGAAAGAAACGCGGGGGAGGAACAGGCUACUAGGAAAGAUGAUGAUAAGGGUGGGCCAGUCGAGCGUAUAAAGGCGGAGCGGGGAGAAGAAAGGGAAGAGCAAGAGGACGAGGACUGCCACAGCAGUGAAGGGUCGAUGUCGUCGUCUACUGCACUGCAGCGUCUCGAAUCUCUUUCGCAAGGCCCGUUUUGUGGGCCGGAGCUCAACUUCUCCGGGUGUCCUUCGAGCCCAGCGAGAUCUCAAGGCUCUUCCUCCAACGAUUCGCCGGGAGAGGACGCUCACUACUUUUACCCGGAGACUGGCAGCUUCAUAGGCCCCAUGGACGUGCCCAUCGACAAAGACAACCCCCGCCGCUGUACCGCUUGCGGGAAGAUCUUCCAGAACCACUUCGGGGUGAAGACGCACUUCCAGAACGUGCACCUGAAGCUGAUGCACAAGUGCACGGUGGAAGGGUGCAACGCCGCGUUCCCGUCGAAGCGCAGCAGAGACAGGCACAGUGCCAACCUGAACCUGCACCGCAAGCUGCUGUCGACGUCGGCGGACAGCCCCGGCGGAUCGUCGCCUUCGGCAUCUGCGGCGGCGGCUGCGGCGGCGGCGUCCUUCUUCAUGGACAAGUCCUCCCCGCUCGCGGCGUCGCUCGUGGCCAACCCGUCGCUGCACGGCGAGUUCCUGGCGCGCCUGUACGCCGAGUCGCACGCGCUGCCGCUCAACCUGGAGGCGGCGUUCAAGGGACUGCCGCCGCUGGGCCACGGGGGCGGCCCGCCCCCGCAGCAGCUGGUCGAGCAUAUGCUGCUCAACGGCGAUCGCCUCGGGCCACCCCCGCAGCAGCAACAGCAGCAGCAGCAGCCGCCGCUGAUGUUGCCGCCACUAGGCUUCCCUGGCUUCUCUGGACACCUGCUGGCUGCGGCCGCCGGCGUCAACGGAGACGCCGGCGACGGCGGCGCGGCGGCCGCGUCGAUGUCUGCGUCUGCGUCUCCGUCGGCAGGCGGCUGGAGCCUGGAGGACGACCCGCCGGCGGCCGACUGCGACGGCCGCUUCCCGUGCGCCUUCUGCGGGCAGCCGCUGGCGGACGCGUCGGCACUCAAGGAUCAUUACGAGUGCCGGCACGCCGUGGAGCUGGCGCGCUGCGGCACCUGCGGCAAGCUCUUCACCUCCGGCGAACGCCUCCGGCAGCACGCAGACGCCGCCCACGGCGCCGCCGGGCCUGCGGGGGCGGCGGCGCGGCUGGCGGCCUGCUCGUGA